AUGUCAAAUAUUCAACCUAUACAACCAGUAAAGAAGUUGAAUAGUGGUUUUGAUAGAGAAACACUGACAGAAGAACCCAUGAGUGACAUAGAAAAGCCUCAAAAAAAGAAAAGAAGACCAACUUCUAAGACAUUCCAUGGUUGUGAUUCAUGUAGGUCGAGACGUAUAAGAUGUGACUUAGCUAAACCAGGAUGUAAAAAUUGUGAAAAAGUUAAGAUGGAAUGUCCGGGAUAUGGUAUAACAUUAUGGUGGUUGAGUUCUCCCAAGUUCACCAAGAGUGGUGAUAUCAUCAAUUCACUGAUUGCAUUUAAAAGUUCAAAUAGAAUUAUGGAUGAGAACGCAUCUUCAGCAAAUCCUACUAGAAGAAGAUUAUUAGAGUUUGUUAAAUGGGAAAAGGGUACAAAUUCAGAACCUUAUGAAACUUAUGAAGAUUUAGAUCGUGAUUUAAUGAUUUUAGAUAAUUCUGAGAUGGAUGAAAUGGUUGGUAGAUUAGGUAAAACCAAGUCAUUAGGUCCAUUUGGUGUUUUCAGUAAUCACAAUAGAGCAUAUCAUAACGGUAGAGUCAACAAACCUUUAGCUUCCAGAAAAAGAAUGGCUAAAAAUCAAAGAGGGCAAUAUCGGGACAAAAUUGUCUCCGGGUCUAAAGUGGUUACCCCAUCUUCAUUAUAUCCAACUCCUCUAUUACAACCAAAUGAAGGAGAGGAAAUCGGUAACGAACAAUUAUGGUUAUCAAAUGAGUUAAGGGACGAUGCCUUAUUAACUGCUGCAGCUUUAGGGGGUGACACCCACUUAUUAGAUUUCAUGAAUAAUUUCACUCAAUUAACCCAACAUAAUAAUUAUACCUCCCCUCAUGCAAAUCAACAUGUUCAAGCACAAUCACCAGCCAACAAUCAUGAAUUACAACAUAUGCAUCAACAACCAGUUCACCAAGUAGCACAACAUUUACAACAUCAACAAGCUCAAAAUCGUCAAAAUCAAUCCAAUGUCAUAUCAAAUCCUAACGAAUUUUUGAAUCUUUUGUUUCACAAAAAUCAAUAUAAUACCCAACAAGCUACUAAUUUUUCCCCGGUUUCAAUCGCUGCAACCCCAAACAAUGGGAAUAAUUUGAAUUCUGAUCCUUUAAGUUUGAAUAAUUUAGUACCACCUGAAUCCAAUAUUUUAAUCGAUCCAACUAAUCAGCAUUUAUAUUAUUCGAAUUAUAAUAAUUAUUUCUAUGACAAUCCUUACAAACAGAACAAGAAUUUAGAAAUUUAUUUGCAUGCUUCAUCAAAUAAUCCUCAUCAUAAAAUAGAUGAUGAUAUUGAUGGUGAUGGCGAUUCUCAUAAUACCAAAAUGCCAUCCACCAUUAUGAAUGUUGUUCAAAGUCCAUUGCAACCAACUUUAGGAUUCCAUUUGUUAACUCCAAACUCAUUAUCUGUUGGAUUACCAACUACUGCAUUACAAAUUCAACCUUUAACUAGAUAUUUGUUAAAUUAUUACGUUACCAAUGUUGCUGAUUUAAUGACAGUCUUGCCAUUAACUGAAAGUCCUUGGAAAACAAUUUAUUUCCCAAGAGCUUUAAUGGCCAUUGGAGAAUUGAGUGCCUUAGGUAAAACCUCGACAGCUAAGAAUGCUUUAUUGAAUGCCUUAUUAGCUGUGUCUGCUUUCAAUUUACAAUCCAAAUUCCCUAAAAAUAGUGACACCAUGAAAUUUUAUUUGAACUUAGGUAUCAGAUUAAGAAACCAAGCCAGUUUGUUCAUCAAGAAGUUAUUGGGAUCUUCUAAUGAUACUCAAUUAGAGAUUGAGAAAUGUCUUAAAAAUGAAAAAUAUAAAGAUGUUUUAUGUGCUGUCAUGUCAAUGAUUUCAGUUGAUUUGGUUUGGGGAACAAUGCAAGAUACUGGAUUCUAUAUCAAAUGGUGUGGUAAAGUCAUUGCUACCAAAAUGCAAAAUAAGAAAAAAUUAUCACCAAAAGCCAGAAUUUUACAUAGAAUUUUCCUGUCAUUAAAGAUUAUUCAAGACUCAACUUGUUUAUCUUUAGAAGAUAUAAGAUCAGAUUAUAAAUCUAUCGAUGAAAAUGGUUACGAUAUCAACGGGGAAAAUUUUAUAAAACAAAACAUUGAAACUAAAAAGAGCAAUAUCAAUUAUAUUGUCAAUGAAAAUGAAAAUAAAGACGACGAAGAAUCUAACAAUCAAACAAAUAAUAAUACCACACCUUUGUUCAUCAAUAAAAAGUUGAUCAACACCAAGAAUCACAAUGAAAAUUUCGCUACUGAUGCCUUAUAUGGAUUACCCAACUCCUUGAUUAAAUUGUUCUCCAGAACAGUUCAACUUAUCAGAAGAAAAAUUUAUAAUGAAAAGCAUCUCAAUCAAGUACCUAAGAAUUUCGAUAUCGAUGUUGAAGAUUUGAAUAAUGAAUUAAUCAAUUGGACUUUGGACUGGAAAUUAUUUGUCAUAGUUAACGAUGAAAAGAAUUUCUAUUCUCCAAUGCAUGAAGUCACUUAUCAUCAUAUCAUGUCAUUCUACUACGGAUUAACCAUUUAUUUCAAAAGAUUAGUCAAACAAGAGAAUCCUACUGAUUUACAAGAUAAAGUCAAAUUAACUUUGAGCCAUUUGAAUUCCAUUCAAAAAUUGAUUGUUAAAGAAAAUGUGGGAAUUAUCCCAUUAUUCUGGCAAGGGUUUAUUGCAGGAUGUGAAGCUACAUCUUCUGAAUUACAAAUGGGAUAUAAGAAAUGGGGUGCUGACAUCUCUCAAUAUUUAGGUAGUUAUUGGGGAGCUAGACAAAUCAUGUUGGAAGUAUGGAGAAGAAAAAGACUUAGUUUAUCUAAAGAUGAUUGGGUUGGUGUUAUUAAUGAUUGGGAAAUGAAUUUAAUGUUAAAUUAG